AAUAGUUUGGAAUUUCAGCUUAUUCAGAACAUCUCAGUAUAUUUUGUCUAUACUCUUAUUGAUUGUUUUCUCAAUUACAGGUUUGGCCGUGUGGAAAUUCUCUCAGGUUUUAUUAACGGCCUUUUUCUCAUGGUAAUAGCUUUCUUUGUCUUUACUGAGUCGGUGGCCAGACUGGUUGAUCCUCCAGAUAUAGAUACAAAUAUGUUGACUCCUGUUUCAGUUGGAGGACUGAUAGUAAACCUUGUUGGUAUCUGUGCCUUUAGCCAUGCCCAUUCCCAUGGGCCUUCUCGAGGAGGAUGCCAUGCGCAUGAGCACAGUCAUUCCCAUCACAGCCAUGGUCAUGGCCAUGGCCAUUCCCACAAUGACUAUGGGCACACUCAUAAUCAUGGACAUGGCCAUGGAUCGUUAGGAGGCAACAUGAAUACCAAUAUGAGAGGAGUAUUUCUACAUGUCUUGGCAGAUACCCUUGGCAGUGUUGGUGUUAUCAUAUCAACAAUUCUCAUUCAACAGUUUGGAUGGUUGAUAGCCGAUCCACUCUGUUCUCUAUUUAUUGCUACAUUGAUUUUUCUCAGUGUUAUCCCUCUACUAAAAGAUGCUUGCCAGGUACUCUUGUUGAGACUGCCUCAAGAACAUGAAAAAGAUCUGCACAUGGCUUUAGAAAAGAUCCAGAACAUAGAUGGUGUCAUCUCCUAUAGAGAUCCUCACUUCUGGUGUCACUCUGCUAAUGUAGUGGCAGGCACAAUACAUGUACAAGUAAUGUCAGAAGUAAUGGAACAGAGAAUUAUACAGCAGGUAGCUUAGUAUGUUCAUUCU